ACAGACAGCCAUCAUCGCUGUUGCGUCACUUCCUUGUUCAACAUGGCAACCAGGUGGGGGAUCUGCAGCAGUGGGAGGAUCAGCAAUGACUUCACUGUGGCGCUGAGGACUCUGUCUGCUGAGGACCACCAGGUGGUGGCUGUGGCUGCUCGCCGGUUGGAGGAUGCGCAGGAGUUUGCCAAGAAGCACAGCGUCUCCCGAGCGUACGGCAGCUACGAGGAGCUGGCCAGAGAUCCAGACAUUGAUGUGGUGUACAUCGGAGUUAUCCACCCCUGCCAUCUGAGUGCUUGUCUGCUCUUCAUGAACGCCAAGAAGAAUGUGCUGUGUGAGAAGCCUCUGGCCAUGAACACCAAGGAGGUGAAGGAGAUCCUGGCCUCUGCUGAGAGGAACAACGUUUUCCUCAUGGAGGGCGUCUGGACCCGUUUUUUCCCGGCCUCAGUCGAGAUCCGAAGGCUUCUGGCCCAGGAGGAGGUGGGCGAGGUCAGGAUCGUCAGAGUAGAGUUUGGUGUCCCGUUGAUGCACGUGCCGAGAUCGGUGGAGAAGGAGCUGGGCGGAGGAGCGGUUCUAGAUCUUGGCAUCUACUGCCUGCAGUUCAUAUGCAUGGUGUGUGACGGAGAGAAGCCAGGGAGCAUUCAAGCCACAGGGAUUUGCCUGGAGUCAGGAGUGGAUGAGACUGUGGUCGUCACUCUGAAGUUCUCCAAGAACAGAAUCGCUGUGUUUACCUGCUCUUCACGUAUAAAGCUGUCCAAUGAGGCCGUCAUUGUGGGCACCAAGGGCACGAUCAAGGUCCCUGACCACAUGUGGAGCCCCACGUCACUCGUGGUCAAUGGGAAGGAGACUCAGUACCCGGUGCCUGAACCCCAUCUACCGCUCAACUUCCUAAACAGCACAGGGAUGCGUUAUGAAGCAGAGGCGGUUCGACAGUGUUUGCUCAAAGGGCUGAAGCAGAGUGCAGUUAUGCCUCAUGCUGACUCUCUGUGGCUGGCUGAGGUGGAGGAUGAGAUCCGCAGGCAGGUGGGGGUGGUGUACGACAAGGACAGCCAGUAAAUCUUUCACCGUAUCAUUUAUACAUAUUUAUAAUGGGGAAUAAAUUGCUCUCUCACUGUUCCAAGUACUUGACAGUCAUAUACUGCUGCUGAUUACUUUGAGGAUGAAGUUUUCAUAUGAAAUGCAAGUAUAAGCAUCAGUACAGUAAAUGUUGUCUGAUAAAGGAACUUGAAGCAACUUUAAGUUCAUCUUGAACCUAUCUGAACUUCACUGACAAACUUUACACCUUUUUAAAUAAAUACACUUUGCUGAACAGUUUGGUUUUCCAGAAUGUUUCACCUGAAUCCACCAAUUAAAGAAAACUUCA